GCAAAGGCACCUUUAAGGUGGAAUAUCUCCAAGAGAUAGAGAAGAAGGUGCAAGACAGAUGGGAAGCCGAGAAAAUCUUUGAAAUAGAAGCUCCGGACGAUGGCAAGCCCCAUGACAAAUUCAUGUGUACUUUUCCUUUUCCUUAUAUGAAUGGACGAUUACAUCUCGGGCACACUUUUUCUCUAUCCAAGUGUGAAUUUGCAUCAAGAUAUUACCGACUAAAAGGCAGAAUGGUGCUUUUUCCAUUUGGAUUUCAUUGCACGGGAAUGCCCAUAAAGGCUUGUGCAGAUAAACUGAAGAGAGAGAUGGCUGAAUUUGGUUGUCCCCCCGUCUUUCCCGAACAAGAAGAGGUCUUUAUUAAAGAAGAGGCAGACUUAGUUCCUAAGGACAAGAGUAAAGGCAAAAAGAGCAAAGCUGUAGCUAAAACUGGGGCAGCAAAAUAUCAAUGGCAAAUCAUGCAAAGUCUUGGAGUGCCUGAUGAGGAAAUAAAGCUAUUUGCCCACGAACAUUACUGGUUGGAUUAUUUUCCACCAUUGGCUGUUGCCGACUUGAAAAGAAUGGGUAUUUAUGUGGACUGGCGGCGUACAUUUAUAACAACCGACGCUAAUCCUUACUUCGAUUCGUUCGUAACAUGGCAGUUCCGCCAUCUGAAAGAACGAAAUAAGAUUAAGUAUGGCAAGCGGUAUACAAUAUUUUCACCCCUGGACCAGCAGCCAUGUAUGGACCAUGACAGAAGCACAGGCGAAGGUGCUGGUCCGCAGGAGUACACCCUUAUUAAGAUGGAAGUUGUAGGACCAUUGCCUGAAAGCCUCAAGGCGUUAAAAGACAAAAAAGUAAGCUUAGUUGCUGCCACCCUAAGACCAGAAACUAUGUAUGGUCAAACAAAUUGUUGGGUUCAUCCUGACAUCAAAUAUAUUGCCUUUGAGACUGUUAAACAUGGUGUAUUUAUAUGCACUCGACGUGCUGCAAGGAACAUGGCAUAUCAAGGGUUUACUCAAAAUGACGGCGAGUUCAAAGUGUUGCUAGAAAUCGUCGGGCAGGAGCUUCUUUGCGUUGCAUUGAAGUCACCAUUCACGUCUUACCCAAAAAUAUACGCCCUGCCAAUGCUAACGAUCAAAGAAGACAAGGGUACUGGAAUUGUUACCAGUGUACCAUCUGAUUCUCCUGACGACUAUGCUGCACUUGUCGAUCUCCAAAAGAAACCAGCCUUUAGGGUAAAAUAUGGAAUCAAAGACGAAAUGGUUCUGCCGUUCAAACCUGUUCCAAUUCUAGAGAUCCCAGAAUUUGGCAAUUUGUCUGCAGUGCAUGUAUACGAUAAACUAAAAAUCCAAAGUCAAAACGACAAGGAAAAGCUGACAGAGGCCAAAGAAAUGGUUUAUCUGAAAGGCUUUUAUGAUGGAGUGUUGCUAGUUGGAGAGUUUAAGGGCAGUAAAAUUCAAGACGUGAAGAAGAACCUCCAAACAAAGCUUGUAAAAGAAGGAGGCGCAGUUAUAUACUACGAGCCCGAAAAAACCAUCAUGUCAAGAUCUGGGGAUGAGUGUGUGGUGGCUUUAUGUAACCAAUGGUAUCUAGAUUAUGGCAAUGAAGAAUGGAAAGUUCAGGCAGAGAAAGCUUUGGCUGCCAUGAACACAUACCACGAUGAAGUAAGGAAGAACUUCCAGGUCACCAUCAGGUGGCUGCAUGAGCAUGCUUGCUCAAGAACUUAUGGACUUGGAACCAAGUUACCCUGGGAUCGACAGUGGCUGAUCGAAUCUCUGUCAGAUUCAACGAUCUACAAUGCGUACUACACCGUAGCUCACUUUUUGCAAGGCAAUACCUUUAGAGGGAACAAAGAAAAUGCGCUGAAAAUCAAACCUGAAGAAAUGACAGAUGAAGUUUGGGACUACAUUUUCUUCAAAGAUUCUCCUUUCCCCAAAAACACAAAGAUUGCCAAGAAAUCUUUGGAACUUAUGAAGAAAAGUUUUCAGUUCUGGUACCCAGUAGAUCUAAGAGCGUCAGGCAAGGAUCUCGUACAAAAUCAUCUGACUUACUACAUUUUCAACCAUUGCGCGAUUUGGCCGAAUGAAGAGGACAAAUGGCCGAAAGGCGUUCGUGUGAACGGACAUCUUAUGCUGAAUUCCGCCAAGAUGUCAAAAUCGGAAGGAAACUUCUUGACCCUGAUGGAGUCGAUAGAGAAAUUCAGUGCGGAUGGAAUGAGACUGACGUUAGCCGACUCUGGAGAUUCUAUAGAAGACGCGAAUUUUGUUGAAAGUACCGCUGAUGCUGCUAUUUUGAGAUUGUACACUUUCAUUGAAUGGGUUAAGGUAGCUACUAAGUCGAGUAUGAGGACAGGCCACUACAAUUUCCACGACAAAGUGUUUAUAAGCGAAAUGAACACAAAAAUCCAACAAACAGACGACAAUUAUAAAAAAAUGUUAUUCAAGGAAGCUUUGAAAACUGGUUUCUUCGAACUCCAAGCCGCGCGCGAUAAAUACAGGGAGUUAUGUUCAGAAGGAGACAUGCACGCUGAAUUGGUCACUCGGUAUAUAGAGACACAGGCGAUACUCAUGUCACCUAUCUGCCCGCACGUUGCUGAGUAUGUUUGGGAACUACUAGGAAAUAAAAAGAGCAUCCUUCACGAGCAAUGGCCGGUGGCAGGCCCAGUAGAUGAAGUUAUAGUAAAGGCCAGCAAUUACCUGAUGGACGCAGCGCAUAAUUUCCGCAUACAUUUGAAGAACCACUGCGCUGUCAGGAAACCUAAGAAGGGAGAGACUCCGAAACCCGAGAGGAAACCAAACAAGGCUGUCAUAUGGGUCGCGAAAGAGUACCCUAAGUGGCAACAUAUUAUCUUGACUACUUUAAAGCAACUUCAUGGACCAUCAGGUCUGCCCGACAACAAAGCGAUAUCAAGCAAGCUGGGCGAAGUUGCCGAACUAAAGAAGUACAUGAAACGUGUGAUGCCAUUUGUGCAAACAACACGAGAGAACAUGGAACGAGUGGGCAUCGACGCUCUGUCCGUGGGACUGCCUUUCGACGAGGCGCAAGUACUGUUGGACAAUAGGCAAUACCUAAUGACUACCUUAGACCUAGAUUCAAUAGAAGUGAAAUUCACGGAAGCGCCAGAUGCGCCAGAGAAGACGCGCGAGGACUGUGCUCCUGGUCAACCCCACAUCAACUUCAGCGCCGAGGCGGGCGUUGAUAUGAUCAUCGUAAACCCUAUAGCGCGCAAUGGCCUCUUCUCUAUUUCUGUAAGCGUAGCAGAUGGAGACUCCGUGGAAAAAGUUAAAGCGAAGAUUGCCAAAGAGGUUAAAGCUAUCAAAGAUGUGAACAGACUAAAGUUAUGGCGAUACAAGGACUCUGUCCUAGGACCUCGCAAAAUCCCAGUACCCGGCAAUCAUGAAACUAAAUGUAUUACCCUAGAGAACUCAGCAGUAUUAAAAGUGGACGUCACUAAAAACGCCAUAGAGCUAGUCUCCAACGGAACGAACCUGCCUGUAGGCACGCAAAUGGUUUACACAUAUGAAUAACAGUAGAUCUAAGAGGUUUAUGCAUAAAUAAAUUAUUGAUUACAGUCUGU